CCCGGCGUCCUUUGGGGCCGCAGUGGUCGGUUGUUUUUCUGCUCAGACGCGGCUAGUUCAAGUUGCCAUAGCACAGUAAAGCUGAGGCUUGUUGCCGUGUUUGCUAGCACUCGUGAGGCGAAAAACCAAUGGCUCUUUUAUAACAUAUUCAUUGCAGUAGCUUUUAUUUUCUCUCUUUUCGCCUGACAUAUGCAGGGUUUUUACGGCGUUGUCACAAGGUUAUAUGAUUUGGCUAACGUUGGGUUAGCUAGCUAACGACCACAGUAGUUGCCACUUGUUGCUAGCCUGGACGAGCAUCACACAACAAUGCCCAGCACAGUGAUUGACUGGGAAGAGGAAAGUUUGAAUUGUAGUGCCUUCCUAGUUUGAAACCUUUCUUUCUCCACAGGUUGUUAAGGUAACAAUGACAAAGGCUCGGUUUCUGCUAACUAUGACAAAAAUAUCAAAUGUAAAGAAACUUCAAAACCAGCCCGGUUUGUGCGUUAAUCUGAUUAACAGUUAGCCAGCAUUUCACUAAUCGUCAGAUUUGCAUAAGCAGCCGUUUUUCGACGACCUGCCCGGUCUCAAACUAUGGAUUCAUCCAGUGAGUCGGAUUCAUACGACAGGACGCGGGUGCACAGGCCUCGGGGGCGUGAAGCCCACCGCAGACCUGGUCGGGACAUUGGCAGAGCCCGAGGGAGUGGGGGUGAUAAUCGGGGAGCAGACAUCUCGGAGAAGAUGAGCACACUGGCGAACACUUUACAGGACACCAGUAGGAACUUAACCAAAGUAGACCAGAUGCUGGGCCAGUACAGGGACCAUACAGAAGAUCAGGCCGAAGCCAUGGCACUGCUCAGAGAGAACCUAGAGGAGUCAAUCAGUCAGCUUCAGACACAGAGGCUGGGCAGAUCUAACGGUGCUCGGAGUGCUUCAGCUUCAGCCUCCACACUGCACACUAGCGACCUGGAAGCUUGCUCGGGAUCAGAUGGGCUGCGUUUCUACCCUACCUCUCCACUGAGGGACUAUUCAGGCACAACGGGAAGGAGAAGACGGUCUCAGUCUGCUGGUGUUCGCUUCGAGGAUGCCAGCCUGACAGGAGAAGAUAUUCACACUAUGCAUCAGUCCUUGAGGGAUCUGCGCUGUGACCAGCAGAGACUGUCUGAUGACUUGGACAGAGAAAUCCUCAGGAGAAAUAGGUCUGAUAUUGACACCAGGCGAGCGAUGGAGAACCUCAUAGGGCACAUGGCAACUUCCCAGAGACAGACCUCGGUGUCGUCUCGCGUGGAGCAGCGUCUGCAGGAGCUGGAGAGAGAGAUGUGCGCUGAUCAAAGCAGCGUGGGGAGAGAGAGAAGGCCCGAUCAGCAGGCGGCCGUGUCCGACGAGCUGCAGGAGACUUCAGGGAGACGCCAGCUUCAAGCCCAUGAGCGAGAGGAGGCCAUGACAGCCAGGCUGCUGAAAGCUGAGAAGGAGAAGUCCAAGGUGGAUCACAAACUGGAGACAGCUAGGCGACUACUUGAACAAUCUGAGGACACCAGGGAGUCACUUGUUCAACAGGUGGAAGACUUGCGCAGUGAGCUGCUGAGGACAAGGAAGGAGAAGACAGAGCUUCAGAGGGCCCGGCUGGAGUCUUUCCAGCCCGUUGCUCAGCCACAUGGCAACUACACUGACAGGGAGGAGGGAAGAGGUGGACAGCGAGGGCCAGAUCGUUUGGAGCUGGAGAAAGAAGUGGCGGAGCUGCGAGUCCAGCUGCGUGCAGCCUCAACCCUGAGUGAAGUUGAAGAACUGAAAAGGGCUCUGGACCGCAAGGAGAAGGAGAGGGUCCAGCUCACCUUACAGGUGGAGGAAUUGUCGUCAGACCUGGCAAGACGGGAGCAACAGCAGCUACGAAUGCUGGAACAGCUGAGGGAGAUACAGAGUCGUGGGCAGGCAGAGAGGAGGGAGAUGGAGGCAUUACUUCAGGAGAGCACGAGGAGCAGAGAUGAAUUGAAGACCAGGGCCCAGGAGGCUGUGCGCCAGUGGAGGGCAAAGUGCAGGAGGCUGCAGAAGGAGCUGGAGGAGGCAGCCAGGGAAAAAGAGAGCUCUCAGGCCCAGCUGAAGGCGCUGAGCCAGCAGACUGAGGCAGCCCGCAGGGAGCUCGCUGAAAUUCUAGGCCGUUUGGCCCAGCGUGAAGAAGAGCUCCACCGCAAGGACGUGGAGCUGUCCGGGACCCGCCAGCGCCAGUUGUCACUGGAGCAGGAAAUCCGGGAGGUGAGGGAGGCCUCAGCCACCCUAGAGGAGGAGACUCGGCGUCAGGCCACUAUCCAGACAAGACUGGAGGAAGAGAACCAGAGACUGGGAGAACAAGUUGACACCCAAGCCUGUCAUCGUCAGAGAGACCAGGCCACACAGGCCGAGCUCCAGGCUGCUCUUAAGCAGAUGACUUCAGCUCAUGCCCAGCUAGCCCAGCGGUUGGCUGAGGAGGAGACAUCCAAGAAGGAGCUCCAUAAGAGCUCCAUGGAGCUACAGGCCAAGCUGACAGCAGCACAGGAGGAGUGGGCUGCACUGGGUCAGCAGCUGCAGCUUGAGAGAGAGGUGCAUCAGAAAGAACUGCACAGCUUGAAGGAGAUGAUGGAGGACAGCAAGACAAAGAAAGAACGUGAAAUGCAGGAUGUGCUGAAGCUCUGCCGACAGGAGCGGGAUGAAAUAAAGACACACCUGAAGGAGGUCAAAGCAGAUGCAGCAUCAGACAAGGAGCUGUGUGGGGUGCUGCACAUCAAGCUGGACAGAAUGAAGGAUGAGUGUGAUAAGCUGGCAACACAGCUGAACACAAAAGAGGAGGCACACACACUUCUCCACAGAAAAUACCAGCUGCUCAAACAGGAACUGGAUGACAAAGUCAGGUCAGGUGACCGGAGACGCGCUACGGAGUCGGAGCUUGUUAGGUUGGAGGAGAGGUUGUUGCGGAUGGAAGCAGAGCAAGAGGCUGUUCUUACCUCCAUGGGUGAGGAACUAGAUGCAGCUUGUCGCAGCCUUGCUAGAAACAAUGAAGACAAACUGCAGGCGAUCUCCCAGAAACCUGGAUUAGUGAAAGACCCUCACCGUUGGCUAGCUGAGACAAAGACCAAGCUCCGCUGGCUGUGUGAGGAGGUGCGGGAGAGCAACACAAGAGAACAGCGCCUAAGAAAGCAGCAUCAACAGACCAGGGAUCAGUUGAAGGCGCUCAGGCAGAGCCGGGACUCGGAGCAGACGGCUCUCCUGCAGCGCCUGGACCAGCAGGAGAAGCUGCUGCACUCCCUCGGCACUGAAAAGAGAGGGUUGCUGGAGAGGAGUCGCAAGAAGGAGGAAGAAAUGAGGAGCCUUCAGGACCGUGUGUUGGAUUUGGAGAUGAACACAAGAGUAGCCCUGGACCACCUGGAGGCAAUUCCAGAGAGACAGUGUCUGAUGGAGAACUUCAAAGACUUGGAGGAGUCACAGCGACAGAGAGAGAUGGUGGAGCAGCGAUACACCAAAUACAAAGAGAUCGUCUGGGACUUACAGCACCAGCUGGAUGAGUCCAAGCGCAGAAUCCAGGAGUAUAGAGAUGAGAAGCUGGACGCCACUUCCAGGAGCCUGAGACUGGCUGCUCUUUCUUCCUCCAUCAAAGGCCCCAGCACUUUCCUCAGCAGCUCGCCCAGAUCUGACACACUGUCUCCUCACAAACGCUUGACCAGUUCCGACUUGGAUGACUCCGCAGUGAACGGGGCCAAACCUUUCUCAGAUUAGGUCGAGCUCAAGUGAGCCUUCAUCUGUUAUCGCAACAAACCCAAACACACGGUGCUUACAGCUGAUUGUACCUUCCUGGUGCUCAUCCAGAACAAAGAACAACUUGACUGUACCAGCAGGCCUUGCACUCAACACUAAUCCUCCUCGGCUACCUCAACCAGGCAAUCGCUGAAGGUGCUCAAGAGUAGGAGGGCAGUAUUGUGAGAUUUCACAGCAGAGAAACGCUUUGAAGUCAGAGAUAUCAUUUUGGACACUUUGAAGGAGGAUUUACUGUAAAGUGUUUAAAUGUUAUUUAUAAAGACACUGAGUUGAAUGUAUUUAAUGGAUUUAAAAAAAGGUUUCCCCAAAAGUAGUUUCACUGUUACGUUUCUUUGCUUUGUAAAAACCACAUUAACUGCUCAACAGCAGCUUUUUUUUACCUUAUGACUACUUUGUACUCUUAAAAUUCGUUUUAGAAUGCAUUUGUGCUAAAAUAAUUUAGUGUAACUUUAUUGGUGCCUUUUUAAACAAUAUGCAGUUUUUUGUUGUUUUGUUUUUUUUUACUUGCCAUAUUGUGUUGUCUUCAUCAUGAAAAAAUCUUUCAAUGUAUUGACAUAUCUUCUUUGACUUUAUAUUUCUUUGUCUCAGAGUUCAUAUUUUUAAAACCAAACAAUAAGCACAACUUUUUUAUGAACUACAAAGGAAGUGUAUACACUGUGAAUAAAUCCCCUUGCAUCUACACUUCUGCUUUUAUAAGCACACUUGAUGUCCCCUUCAUUUCGGAGUGAAGUGUUUGCUUUGCGGCAGCCAAGAGACUCCAGCUACUCCCACUGCUGUAUCUUUCACUUUUUGCAGAAAUCAUUCAUCGGAGAGAACAACCUCAAGUCACAAGAGAGAGAAAUGUCCUCUUUUAAUUUACCCCUCAACUUCAAAGAUGUAAACACGGUACCUGCUGUGCAAACAUUUUUCAAAGUUGUACAUAAUCUUGUUUGAGUCGCAUGUUCUGAGACUUUGUGCAAUAUUUUGGAAAGGUGCUGUAAGGUCAUGUUCAGUGUAAACCUGAACAAACGCCCUCAGCCUACACCGAACUAUCUGGCAGAUGAAAGUGACAGAAUGUGGCCAGAGAUUAUCAGAGAAGUCAAAAACACAA